CGCAGAGCAGUCAUCGGUCACGGGAGGAUAGAGGGCCAGCGUCGUGGACGCGGACAGGUGAAUCAUCAUGACAACAGAGCCAGGUGAAGUGCAACCCAAAGAGGAGUGUUUUCCUGAAGCUGCUGCCCACUCAACACCAAAACAGGGUGAGGAGGGGGUUCUGCCCCAUAGCCGAGCUCAGAGCUCACUGGCUGAGGAUUUGAUGAGUCACCUGUCAUCCGGCAGUCACAUCGCCCAUUCCCCGGCCAAAACCACUCUGAGCUUCAGGACAAUGCAGACCAAAGUGACGCUGUUGGAUGGAUCACUAUUUACCUGCAUAAUGGAGGUGAGACAGGGUGUUCCUUGGAACUUCUUAUUUAAUGUAAAGUUUUACCCUCCUGACCCCUCCCAGCUUACUGAGGAUAUAAGCAGGUAUUUCCUGUGUCUUCAGCUCAGACAGGAUAUCGUUUCCGGACGUCUUCCUUGUUCAUUUUCUACUCACACUGUCCUUGGGUCUUACACUGUUCAAUCAGAGCUUGGAGACUAUGAUCCAGAGGAAUGUGGUGUGGACUAUGUCAGCGAGCUGUGUUUUGCUCCAAAUCAAAAUAAAGAGAUGGAGGCUAAGAUCAUGGAGUUACACAAAACUUACAGAGGAAUGAAUCCAGCUGAAGCAGAGAUGAACUUCUUGGAAAAUAUAAAAAAGCUCUCCAUGUAUGGAGUGGACCUCCAUCAUGCAAAGAUGGUCUCUUCGAGAAAUGCGUGUUUGUUUGCCCUGCGCUCAGAGGACUCAGAGGGUGUGUCCAUCAUGCUGGGUGUGUGCAGUAGCGGUCUUCUGGUGUACAGAGACAGACUGAGGAUCAACAGGUUUUCGUGGUCAAAGAUCGUCAAGAUUUCAUAUAAAAGGAACAAUUUUUACAUUAAAAUUCGACCGGGAGAGUUUGACCAGUUUGAGUCCAUUAUUGGUUUUAAGUUGCUGAAUCACAGAGCAGCAAAGCGGCUGUGGAAGGUCUGUGUGGAACAUCACUCCUUCUUCAGGCUAGUGUCUCCAGAGGAACCACCAAAAAAGUUUCUGUCUCUUGGUUCAAAGUUCCGCUACAGUGGACGGACUCAGAUCCAGAGUCGUAGAGUCAGCGCUCAGAUUUCCAGACCUGCACCAAACUUUACACGAUGCAUCAGCAAGAGGAACCUGCUGAGCCGUAGCCUGGAUGGAGCCUCCAGGGCCACGCCCACCUCUUCUCUGAUUGGCUCCCCAGCCAUCACGGCGUUCUCUAAAGUCAACGGUGGUGCCAUCUCAGAUAUGGGCUCGGGGCUGUAUGGAGCAUCUAAAGACAUCGCUAUCAGUGACCUCCUCAUCAAAGGAACACCUGAGAGGGCAGAUGAGAGGAGGCAGGAGCCAGAGGAGGUGCAGGUGGUAUUAGAGGAGGAGGUACAACAAGAGCAGCAGCUGGAUGAGUUGAAGAAGGAGACAAGAGAUACUGAAGUUUCUCAGCAGAGUCCUCCAACUCCUCAAAAACAAGACACAAAGACUGAACUGACGGAUACAGCUGUGGAUGGAGACCUGACAGCAACAGAGACUUCAGAGAAAGUGCAACCAGUCUUCCUGCUAACAGAGUCAUGUCACCAAGAUCAGCUAAUGACGGAUAAGCCCAAGAGUCAAGUGGAUUCUGAUUCCCCUUCAGGUCUGCUGCUGAGCUCUCAGACCUUCACAACAGAGGUGUCCAACACCACCACCACCACACACAUCACAAAGACAGUGAAAGGAGGAAUUUCAGAAACCAGAAUUGAGAAAAGAAUUGUAAUUUCUGGAGACACAGAAGUUGACCACAAUCAGACCUCCAUGGCCACCAUUUCUGAUGACUCUUCAGACAGAGGAGUCUUCGCAGAACCAGAGAUGAGCUCAUCCCUCCUCCUUUGGGCUGUGGACCAGGUCUGGUUGGACUCCAGCACUGUUGCUGUGACCGCCUGCCAGCCAUGCUCGACAAAGUGCCGGACCAGGGGUGUGAGUAGUCUCUCGUCGAUUAAUGCCGAGCUGUCCGCCUUCAAAAAGGAGCUAUCGUCUGGGCUAGCAGCGGUGCAGGAGAGCUUCACGGGGCUAAAGCUAACGGUAACAGAGGUGGAGAAGUCCGUCUCCACCUGCACUGACGACAUCGAGGCCUUCGACCUCGAGGAGGAGCCGCUGCUGGACCGCGCUCAUCGCAUCCCAGCCCCCAAACCGAAAGCAGGCGAGCGGGCCCGUCCGAUUGUAGCUAAGUUUCACUACCAAGCGGACUGUGUGAAAAUCCUGGCGAAGGCGAGGGAGUUGCAGCGGGUCAAAGUGAACGGUACGAAUAUCUUCGUUUUCCCUGACUACACUGCCAAAACGGCCCGGGCGCGGGCGGCCUUCACGGAAUGUCGUCGCAAGCUGCGGGACAUCGAGGGGAUGAAUAUGUUAGCUGAGGAGGAGUAUGUCGUGAUCAGAGGGAGCAUUGGGGAUGGAUCUCGUGGCCUAGGCUGCAGGAAGGAUCUCCUGCACGACCUGAGAAAAGACCUUGAAUAG